GUGCCUGGCCGGGGGCGGUACUAGCGCCGCAGCUUUGCGGGGCCAUCGCUCCCUGGGGGCUUUGGCUGUCGGCCCUUGCGUUCGUUUGGGCCGUUGGAUCGCACACCGGCAUCGCGGAGGCGUAAUGAGGUCCCCGGUUCGGGGCAGGUCCCCGGUUCGGGGCCUGUCCCCGAUCGAUGGCGAAGAGGUCUCGGACAACACACCCCUCUUACAGGGCGCCCCGCAGGCGGAAGCCGCUCCAGUGUGCUGUUCUGCUCGUUAUAACUUAGCGGUGUUGGCCUUUUUUGGUUUCUUCGUUCUCUAUGCAUUACGUGUGAAUCUGAGUGUUGCAUUAGUGGAUAUGGUAGAUUCAAAUACAACUUUAGCAGAUAAUAGAACAUCCAAGGAGUGUGCAGAGCAUUCUGCUUCCAAAAAAGCUCUUCACAAACAAAUGGGCAAAAGGUACCAAUGGGAUGCAGAAACUCAAGGAUGGAUUCUCGGUUCUUUUUUUUAUGGCUACAUCAUCACCCAGAUUCCUGGAGGAUACGUUGCCAGCAAAGUCGGGGGUAAACUGCUGCUAGGUUUGGGGAUCCUUGGCACCUCCAUCUUCACCCUGUUUACUCCCAUUGCUGCAGAUUUCGGAGUGGGAGCUCUCAUUGUACUCAGAGCGCUGGAAGGACUAGGAGAGGGAGUUACAUUUCCAGCCAUGCAUGCCAUGUGGUCUUCAUGGGCACCCCCUCUUGAAAGAAGCAAGCUUCUUAGCAUUUCAUAUGCAGGAGCACAGCUUGGGACAGUAAUUUCUCUUCCUCUAUCUGGAAUAAUUUGCUUCUAUAUGAAUUGGACUUAUGUCUUCUACCUUUUUGGUAUAGUUGGAAUCAUUUGGUUUGCUUUAUGGAUCUGGUUAGUUAGUGAUUCACCAGAAACUCAUAAGUCAAUCUCCCAUAGUGAAAAGGAAUACAUUCUUUCAUCAUUAAAAAAUCAGCUUUCUUCACAGAAGACAGUGCCAUGGAUACCCAUGCUAAAAUCCCUGCCACUUUGGGCUAUUGUCGUUGCACACUUUUCUUACAACUGGAGUUUUUAUACUUUGUUGACUUUAUUGCCUACUUAUAUGAAGGAGAUCCUAAGGUUCAAUGUUCAAGAGGACGGGAUUUUAUCUGCAGUGCCUUAUUUCGGCUGCUGGUUAUGUAUGAUCCUAUCUGGUCAAGCCGCUGACCAUUUAAGGGCAAAAUGGAAUUUUUCAACUAUAUGUGUUCGAAGAAUUUUUAGCCUGAUAGGAAUGAUUGGACCUGCAGUGUUCCUCGUAGCCGCGGGAUUUAUAGGUUGUGAUUAUUCUUUGGCUGUUGCAUUCCUAACCAUAUCGACAACACUGGGAGGCUUUUGCACUUCUGGAUUUAGCAUCAAUCAUCUGGAUAUUGCUCCUUCGUAUGCUGGUAUCCUCCUGGGCAUCACAAAUACUUUUGGCACUAUUCCAGGAAUGGUUGGGCCUGUCAUUGCUAAAAGUCUGACCCCUGAGAACACUAUUAGAGAAUGGCAAACUGUUUUCUGUAUCGCUGCUGCUAUUAAUGUAUUUGGUGCCAUUUUCUUCGCACUGUUCGCCAAAGGUGAAGUGCAAAACUGGGCCCUCAGUGACCAUCAUGGACACAGAAACUGAAGGAACCAAUAAAUAAUCCUGUUUCUAUUAAUGUAUGUUUAUCAUGUAACCUAAAAGUGCCUUUGAUAUUUUAAUGUGUAAGCAUUCUGUAUACAAGAAAAAUUGUACUUGUAUCAAAUUUUGAAGGCUUAUAAUCAUGAAAUGUCACUAAUUGCCAGUUUAGUAAAAUUAGCUAUUUUCAAUUAUUAAUAACUGUAUGAUGGAACUUAAACCUUAGGAUUACCUACCUGGCUGCAAGUCAGGCAAUAUAAAGUAAGGGGAUUCUACUUAUUUUUCAGGGCUAUACUUAAUGGAAUGAGCUGAAAUGGCCCCUUCUAUAUCUUUGCUUAAUUAAACUAGAUAAUAAUUCUCAGGUCUUGGUAAACACAUUUUUAUCCACUUUCCUCAUAAGAAUUAUUUGUCAUCAGCAAUCCCUGACACUUAGGUUUCAAACUUUAGCACCUCCGUGGAGCUGCCAACCAUUCUAUAAUUUCACCUGGCAAGCGGGCCGAGGGACACAUGCCCAGGCAGCUGCCAAGUAUUCCCUUUCUGGCUUCCGGGAUGGUGCCCAGCAUUUACCAGAGGCAGCAUCCAAGACCAGGGUCAGCGCCAAGUCUGAACCGUGUUCU